GACUAGUUGACCCAGCUUUAAAGAAAGUUUCUAUUAAAUAUUUACCACAGUGUGAUUUCAAAGUAAUAUUUUCAUAACGCAUUAUGCGUUACUGAAUUUUCCACUUUUGCUAUUUCAAAGCGUCAUAAGUAAUCACAAUGAGUAAUGAUCCGCAAGUUGCAGAGCAAGAUUGCGCAGUUUGCUUACAAAAAUGCCAUCACCCUACCCAGCUUCCGUGUGGGCACAUCUUUUGUUUUCUUUGUGUAAAGGGAGUUGCAAUUCAAAAUAAGAAAUGUGCCAUGUGCAGAGCAGAAAUCCCACUUGAUUAUUUGGACCAUCCAGUACUUUUAGAGAAAGCAUAUCCACAAGCUAGCUCUGACGAUGUGAAUGAAGGCUUUCAAUGGUAUUAUGAGGGAAGGAAUGGGUGGUGGAAAUAUGAUGAGAGAAGUAAUAUUGAAUUAGAAAAUGCUUAUAAUGCUGGAAGUGCUGAAUGUACCUUACUACUAGCUGGGGCUGUCUACAGAAUAAACUUUCAAAAUAUGGUGCAGAUGAGACAGAAUGACAGGACCAGGAGACGCAGAAUUCAGAGAGACACUCCCACACUGCCAGCUAAAGGUAUUGCUGGAAUCAAGAUUGAUAAUCCAAGUAUUGAAACUAAAAACGAAUCUGACACUUCAAACACCAUUGAUCUUACCAGCAAUGACAGUAGUAAUGCUGCUGAAGCCGUGGAGAUAGUAGAUAGUGAUGAUGGUGAAGCUGGGGAGAUCACUCCUCAAGAUAAUGAAGUCAAUGAAUUAGUUCACAGAACCAGGUAAAUAUGGAGUGCAAUCAACUUGUUGGAUCACAUGAGGCAUACAAAUGGGGACACAUGAUUUUAGACAUGUUUCUGGUUCAUAACUUUCAAGGUGUUAGUCUUAAAUAAUAUGUAUAAUACAAUCUUGGGCACUGCAGAUCUGCUCCUAAGCAUACGAGAAGUUAAGACAAGAUUAUCAAGGAAGCACAUAAUAUAUAGUAUAUUGCUCAGAGCAGAAGUCUCCAAAUUAUUUUGACCCAAGGCUCAUGUAUCAAUUUAAAUAAAUUUGCCCUAAAACUGGGUUUUUUUUAUCUUUUAUUGCUGUCCAGGUAACAUUCUUGUUCAGCUUGCCUGUUUACUUUUUGUGGGCUGACAUUCUCGUUUGGAGACUUUUGUUUUGAGCUAGGCUAGCGAGUUGAUAUAGUUUUCACAGAACAAAUAUUAGCGUAAAUUACAUAAUAGUGUAAUAAACUUGAAGCAAACCCCAAUUCCGAUAUUAAUCUGUAUAUCAUCACACAAUAAAACUCAGUUUCCUGCAGUAUAAAUCAUAGUUAAAAGCAAGUAUCUUUAUUUUAUGUUAGUUAGUUGUAUUUAGGUUAUUUAAACAAUCUUUGUUAAUUAUUGUAUAUUUAAAAUGUAAAGUUAAAAUAAAUACACUUUGUGUGGAUUUGUAA